AUGAUGACACGAAGUCUGCCACCUCUUUUCGUCUUUUGGGUAAUCCAUUAUUCCAUUGGCCACGAAGAGGUUGUCGCGAUAGCAGAGAGAACCAAUAUCAAUUUAGCCAGCUUACCGCAGAUCGAGCAUGUCUGCAGUCAUAACAGUCCGGAAAUGGAAAAGUUGACCGUGCCGGGAAGCAUUGCCGAAGAAGGACGGCGGGAAUGGAAUGGAUGUCAAGGAUUUUGUUUGGGUAAGACUCGUUCGAUGAAGAAUGAAUGAUUUCGCUAACUUCUUACUAUCUCUUGA